GCAAGCUGCACAACAGACUGGAGAAGGGAGGAGCCAGAGUCGCCCGGGGGAGCCUCCCUGGGCUCUCACCAAAUCCCUCUCUGGGCCAUUUCCAAAUGGUGCGACUACCAGGCCAGCGCUCUCGGUGUUCAACCUUGAGAUGACCAGGACAGAGAAUAGACUUGAGGGGCGACAGGGUACGGCUUGCCCCUGAUAUUGACACUCCAUCUCUUACCCCACCCAAGCCUCACACGACGAAUCGGGAAUUAGAGUUGGUAUUCAAAUCUUUGGCCGCAGUACAGAGAGGCAUCCCUAUAAGCACAGAGCCAUCGAUGUGAGCUUCUUUUAUUUCCUCGAAGUUGUUCGACGUGGUAGCUGCUGUCAUUCCACUUGCUGGGGAAUUCUUGAAGAGAUUUUGCUUGUCUUUCCAUGCGGUUCUCUCUGUGGUUUCUUUGUUUCUUUUUGUGAUCAAGUUCCAGAUGGCUCAACAGUGCCCUCAACAUGAAUAUUUUGACAGAUUGCUGAAUGCUUGCAAACCGUGUCACCUUCGGUGUUCUAAUACCCCUCCUCUCAUAUGUCAGCGUUAUUGUAAUACAGUGAAAGGAACAAAUGCCAUUCUCUGGACCUGUUUGGGCCUGAGCUUGCUGCUGUCUUUGACAGUUUUCGUGCUGAUGAUCUUGCUAAGGAAGAUGAGCUCCGAACCAUCAAAGGACAAAUUUAAGAGCACAGGAAAAAGCAUUAAGAAUGAAAGCCUUCUUUUGGAAAGAUUGUAAUUGAGGCAGAAAAAGUGGUUGCUGAGGAUGGCAGGGGAAGUCCAAGGAUCACAGAAUAAUGACAUGAAAAGACAAUUUCUGCUGGAGCGACUGCUGGAUGCCGUGAAACAGUGCCAGAUCCGCUUCGGAGGGAGAAAGGAAAUCGCCUCGGAUUCUGACAGCAGGGUGACCUGUCUGUGCGCCCAGUUUGAGGCCGUCCUACAGCAUGGCUUGAAGAGGAGUCGUGGAUUAGCACUAACAGCAGCUGCGAUCAAACAGGCAGCCGGCUUCUCCAGCAAAACGGAAACAGAGCCCGUGUUCUGGUUCUAUGUGAAGGAGGUCCUCAGCAAGCACGAGCUGCAGCGCUUCUACUCCCUGCGCCACAUCGCCUCGGACGUGGGCCGCGGCCGGGCCUGGCUGCGCUGCGCCCUCAACGAACACUCGCUGGAGCGCUACCUGCACAUGCUCCUGGCCGACCGCAACAGGCUCAGCACUUUUUAUGAAGACUGGUCUUUUGUGAUGGACGAAGAAAGGUCUAGCAUGCUUCCUACCAUGGCAGCUGGUGGGGGUCCGGACGGCACGGCUGUCACCAUAUUGGGCUGUGAGAGAAUCAGAUGUGAUAGUCAUGUACACCAUUUGUCAACAUGCAAACCUGGAAUGAUGUUUAUUGAUGCCAAAUGUAAAAAGGAACGGAAGAAGAAAAAGAAGGUGACCAAUAUUAUCUCAUUUGAUGAUGAAGAAGAUGAGCAGACCUCUGGCGAUGUUUUUAAAAAGAUGCCUGGGACGGGGGAGAGCUCGGAGGAGAACUCUGACCGCUCCUCGGUCAAUAUCAUGGCCUUUGAAAGCCCCUUUGGACCUAAUUCCAUUGGAAGCCAGAGCAGCAACUCAUGGAAAAUUGAUUCUCUGUCUUUGAAUGGGGAGUUUGGGUACCAGAAGCUUGAUGUGAAAAGCAUCGACGAUGAAGAUGUGGAUGAAAAUGAGGAUGACGCGUACACGUCGGGAAGGAAGCACACGGGCCACUCAGAGUCGCCUGAGAAGCCACUGGACGGGAACACCUGCCUCUCCCAGAUGCAGAGCUGGGCUCCUCUGCAGGUGCUGCAUGGUGACACCGAUGUCCUCUUUCCGGUCAGCGGAGUGGGCUCCUUCAGCCCUGCAGAUGCCCCCCUCGGAAGCCUGGAGAACGGGACAGGACCCGAGGACCACGCUCUCCCGGAGCCCGGACCUCGGUACAGCGUGGAAGCCAGUCCUCCAGGCCAAGGAAGUCCUCUGAGCAGCCUGUUACCUCCUGCCUCGGUGCCAGAGUCGAUGACAAUUAGUGAACUGCGACAAGCCAUCGUGGCCAUGAUGAACCGGAAGGAUGAGCUGGAGGAAGAGAACAGAUCACUGCGGAGCCUGCUGGACGGUGAGAUGGAGCACUCGGCUGUCCUCCGGCAAGAGGUCGACACCUUGAAGAAGAAGGUGGCUGAGCAGGAGGAGCGGCACAUCAUGAAGAUCCAGGCCUUGGCAAGGGAAAAUGAGGUGCUCAAAGUCCAGCUGAAGAAGUAUGUAGGAGCUGUCCAGAUGCUGAAAAGAGAAGGUCAAACAGCUGAAGUGGUACCCAACCUUUGGAAUGUCGAUGGAGAAGUCACUGUUGCCGAGCAGAAGCCGGGAGAAGUUGCUGAGGAACUAGCGAGCUCCUAUGAAAGGAAGCUCAUCGAGGUGGCGGAGAUGCACGGAGAGCUGAUCGAGUUCAACGAACGUCUGCACCGGGCCCUGGUGGCCAAGGAAGCCCUCGUGUCCCAGAUGAGGCAGGAGCUCAUCGACCUCCGGGGGCCGGUGCCUGGAGAUCUGAGUCAAACAUCGGAAGAUCAGAGUUUGUCAGAUUUCGAAAUAUCAAACCGGGCGCUGAUCAACGUCUGGAUCCCAUCCGUGUUUCUCCGGGGCAAAGCAGCGAACGCAUUCCAUGUGUAUCAGAGUCGAGAGCGCUGGCUGCAGUCCUGCCCACCUCUGGGUACCUUGGCCAAACCAGUUCCCCCGUGGGCCUGUCUCCUCCAGUCUGAUAAGAUGGUCUCCGAGGCGCCCAGGCCCAAGAUCCCUGCUCCAGGCCUGCUGCCCCGCCCUUAG